CGGAGCGGCGCAGCGGCGGCUGCUGUUCUCCGUCGCCCCCGCCCGGCCCCGCCCCCGCCCCCGCCCCGCCGGGCCCCGCGCUGAGAUUACUUUCAACUGUGAACCAGAUGUGUAUAUUCCAGGUCAUAGGCUGCUGAUACCAACUUUUGCCAUGGCUUCUGUGGCUUCACCAGUUACAUUUAAGGAGUUUUGCCCCGUGUAUUAUCUCCUCAAUGCCAUUCCUACAAAAGUCCAAAAAGGAUUUCGCUCCAUUGUGGUGUACCUCACAGCACUUGAUACCAAUGGGGACUACAUUGCUGUAGGCAGUAGCAUUGGGAUGCUUUAUCUCUACUGCAGACGCUUAAACCAGAUGAAAAAAUAUAAUUUUGAGGGGAAGUCUGAAUCUAUUACUGUUGUAAAGUUAUUGAGCUGUUUUGAUGAUCUUGUUGCUAUUGGUACAGCCUCAGGCCGAGUAGCCAUUUUCCAGCUUGUUUCUUCAUUGCCUGGAAGAAACAAACAGCUUCGGAGAUUUGAUGUGGCUGGUAUCCACAAAAGUAGUAUCACAGCCUUGGCUUGGAGUCCUAAUGGAAUGAAAUUAUUCUCUGGAGAUGACAGAGGAAAAAUUGUCUAUUCUUCACUGGAUCUAGAUCAGGGUGUUUGCAACUCCAGUCUGGUAUUGGAAGAGCUAUCUUCAAUUGUGCAGUUGGAUUACAGUCAGAAAGUGCUGUUGGUAUCUACCCUACAGAGAACUUUGCUUUUUUACACUGAAGAAAAAUCUGUCAAGCAAGUUGGAACACAGUCCAGAAAAAACACUGGUAAGUUUGGAGCAUGUUUUAUCCCUGGACUGUGUAAGCAAAGUGACCUGACAAUGUUUGCUGCUAGACCUGGCCUCCGCCUCUGGAAGUCUGAUGUGCAUGGAACUGUGCAGGCCACAUUUAUUUUAAAAGAGUUAUUUGCUGGAGGAAUAAAACCUUUUGAACUGUAUCCUCGGCUGGAGUCACCUGACAGAGCAAGUUACAGUUUCCCGGAGAAACACCUUGGGCUUGUUUCAUGCUUUUUCCAGGAAGGUUGGGUGCUGAGUUGGAAUGAAUAUAGUAUCUAUUUACUAGACACCGUGAACCAGGCUUUGAUUGGUGGUUUGGAAGGCUAUGGUGAUAUUGUGUCCGUGUCCUGUACCAGCAAUGAGAUUUUUCUUCUUAAGGGAGAUAGAGACAUAAUAAGAAUAUCAAGUAGACCUGAAGGACUAGCAUCAAUAGAUUCAAGUUCAAAACUGCUGAGUCCAUUACCAGAUUUGAGUCCCAAAUUGCUGACCCCAUUGUCAGUACUGACACCUGUAUCAUCUGACCCUUCAGUGGAGACAGAAAAAAACAUAAUGGUUUCUUCUUCCCAAAUUACUGGGGAUAAAAAUGACUCUGAUUCUAUAGCAAAAAAUUAUUUGGAAAUCACAAUGGAGAAGAGCAUUGAGAAAGUGAAUGACUUCAGCAGUGAAACAAGAAAAAGAGGCUGUUCAGUAGCCAGUGAAUCAAGAAGCAGGAGCAGUUCAAUAAAUUCUGUGGACAGUGGCUCUAGUCUCAUGAUGUGUGCAGACCACACAUCAAGUGAAGCUCAUAGAGAGAGCCAGCCUUCUUCACAACGGUUCAGUAUAAUUAGCUCUGAAGAUUUUGACCAAGAACUGAUUGUAAAGCCCAUCAAAGUAAAAAAGAAAAAAAAGAAGAAACAAGAAAAUGGGACCAAGAAAAAUCACAGCUCUCUUGAAGGUACGCCAAGUUAUGAGCGUCAGUUUUCUGGUGACAGUCCACAUUCUUUAAAUGCAGACUCAUUUUCCAUGACUUCUAGCCUAAUGAGCAGUAGUAUAGAUCAUUUGAGCACAGGUUCUCCAGAUCAGGAAAGUGUAUUCAGCGUAGAGUCGCAUAGUGUCUUACAGGAGGAUAAUGGCUCGGAAACGUUCAGUGUGCUUCAGUCUCCUGUGUCUGUGACUUCCACAAUGCACGAAGGAAAUGGAGAUAAAACUGACUUGCUCAAACUUCCCCAGAGUGACACCUCUGGAAUGGGUACACCGACUGUUACAGAUACUUUGCUAUCCAGUUCUCCCCUACUACUCUCGGAAGAUUUGGCAGAGAGUGUUGAUAGAGAGUGCAAUCAGAGUCUGUUUUAUGUGAAAACUGAAUGCGUUUCUGAACAGUUAACCCAAGAGGAGCAGCAAGAUUUUACAGUACUGUGUAAAGCAGAAGAAACUUUAGGGGAAAUAAAUCUGGAGGAUACUGAAAAUAUUUUUGCAGAAACAAACCUCGCAGGCCAAAUGUCUUUAGUGUUUAAUACUACAUGUGAUGCUGAAAAAUCACUGACACAAAAAGGAAGUGAUAAAAACAGCAGGGAGAAGCAGCGGCAACUUACUCUAAUGAACACUGCCUCAGAGAACCUUACGGCUCCCUGGUCUGAUCUCUCUAAGAAUGAUCUAUAUCCACAAGACACUGCUGUUUCUAGAUUUUCCUUGAGAGGUGUGGUCAAAGGUAAAACUAGUACUGAAGCUGCUGAAUGGGUAACCACCAUCCAUGAUAGCAAGACUGAGAAAUCAGCAUCAAGUGAUGAAGAGGAUAUUUAUGGGCACGGGUUACCUUAUUCGUCUUCAGAAACAAGUGUGACAGAAAUGGGUGCUAAUCUUACAUCCCAGGAUAUGACCCAAACAAGCUUGGAUGAAAUGGUACUGUUAAAAUCUGAUCAGUUUGCAGAGAGCUGGAUGGGCUACUCUGGCCCGGGUUAUGGAAUACUCAGCCUCGUUGUCUCAGAGAAAUACGUUUGGUGCCUGGACUACAAGGGUAGCCUGUUCUGCAGUGCUCUGCCUAGUGCAGGUAUACGAUGGCAAAAGUUUGAAGAUGCUGUCCAGCAGGUGGCAGUCUCACCUUCAGGAGCUCUCCUCUGGAAGAUUGAACAGAAAACUAAUAAGGCCUUCGCUUGUGGAAAAGUAACCAUAAAAGGAAAGCGCCAUUGGUAUGAAGCUUUACCUCAGGCUGUCUUUGUAGCUUUAAGUGAUGACACUGCCUGGAUUAUCAGAACUAAUGGAGACCUGUAUCUGCAAACAGGCCUGAGCGUGGAUCGUCCUUGUGCUAGAGCGGUAAAGGUGGAUUGCCCCUAUCCCCUAUCUCAGAUUACCUCAAGAAACAAUGUAGUGUGGGCAUUAACUGAACAGCGGGCGCUUCUUUAUAGAGAGGGAGUGAGUAGCUUCUGUCCUGAAGGCGAACAGUGGAAAUGUGAUAUCAUCAGUGAGAUGCAAGCUUUGGAGCCAAUGUGUAUAACUCUUGGAGAUCAGCAGACAUUAUGGGCUUUGGACAUCCAUGGAAAUCUGUGGUUCAGAACUGGUGUGGUUUCAAAGAAACCACAAGGAGAUGAUGAUCACUGGUGGCAAGUGAGCAUUACAGAUUAUGUAGUGUUUGACCAGUGCAGCUUGUUCCAGACAAUAAUCCAGGCAACGCAAACAGUGGCAACAGCAGCGCAGGUGCCGGUAGAGAAAGUGGCAGACAAACUUCGAAUGGCUUUUUGGUCACAACAGCUGCAAUGUCAGCCCAGCCUCCUUGGAGUCAGCAGCAGUGGUGUUUGGAUUUCUUCAGGCAAAAAUGAGUUCCACGUUGCAAAGGGCAGUCUCGUAGGCACUUAUUGGAAUAAUAUCGUGCCUCGUGGUACUGCUUCUGCCACAAAGUGGGUUUUUGUAUUGUCUUCCACAGCUCCAACUAAAGAAGGAAGCUUUCUGUGGCUUUGCCAGAGCAACAAGGAUCUGUUUUGUGUCAGUGAUCAGAAUCCUCAGUUCCAUCCUUCUACACUGCAGCUACCACCUGAUGCUGAAACGAUGUAUUAUUCUGCCUGCCAGGAUGCCAUAUGGGGUUUGGAUACUCUGGGACGCGUAUUUAUCAGAACACUAUCACCAAGUUGUCCAACCGGGAUGCAUUGGACAAAACUGGAUCUUGCUCAGCUAGGUGCUGUAAAAUUGACCAGUUUGGCCUGUGGAAAUCAGCAUGUUUGGGCCUGUGAUACCAGUGGUGGUGUUUACUUUCGUGUAGGAACUCAACCUCUCAACCCAAGUUUGAUGCUUCCUGCAUGGAUAAUGAUUGAACCACCUAUACAGAUUGUAAGGCUGGAAGGGACCUCAGAAGAUCAUUGGGUCCAGCUUCCUGCACCAAGCAGGAAAGAUAACUGGGGGUCAGGUGACCCCAGCAAGCCAGUGGGAAUCAACUUGGUCAGUGUUCAUUCAAGUCCGAACGAUCAGAUGCUGUGGGCAAUUGACAACAAAUGUAACGUUCACGUGCGAAUUGGAAUUACGGAGGAGAUGCCAGUAGGCACAGACUGGGAACACAUACCAGGAUUGCAGGCAUGUCAGUUGGCUAUCAGCACUCGAACAGUUUGGGCGCGCUGUCCAAAUGGAGAUGUAGCACGUCGAUAUGGCGUUACUGACAAGAACCCAGCAGGAGACUACUGGAAGAAGAUUCCAGGCAAUGUGUCUUGUUUAACAGUGACACCUCUAGAUGAACUGUGGGCAGUUAGUUCUUCAGGAUACCUUCUUCAGCGCCUCACUAAGACCUUCAGUCACUCUUACGGCUUGCAGAAAGGUAGCGACCCUUCUGUUUUGCUUCACCCUGAUGAUUUUGAAGAUGAAUGGGAGGUGAUAUAAAAGUGCUUGAGCACAUGAAAUAGUGGAAUAGCAAGAAGAACACUUGGAAUUCUUGUAACGUACAUCCAGAAUGUUGGGUUUUAAAGCCACUUAUAUAUUGGACAUGCAAUAUUAGCACUUUUUUUAUUGAAAACUUGAACUGUCAGAUAGUCCCACCAUUGUGCAUUCAGGUGUUUGUUCCAGUCUCUCUUGGGAGACUAUAAGUGUGGCAUACUGCAGUUGUUUAAGUGUGUUAAUGUAGCAGCUCAUUUGGUAAUAUAACUCUAACCUUAUUAGCAAUGAAAGUGGAUAUUUUACAACCGCAUGCACACUAAUAUAUAUCUAUAUAUAUAUAUAUAUUAUGUACUUCUUUUGAGAAGGGCUUCUGUUACAUUAAAUAUUUCUCAACAGCAGAAACAUUAAACAUUUCUCAAUUUCUUGUACUUGAUACUCCAGAUAGAGGGAAAUGCUGUCUGUCUAUUGUACGCAUUUAAGAAGAUUGCUCUGUACAGCAUGGAACCAAAUAUGGUAAUAUGUUUCCCUGUAACAUCUAAUAACAUCAGGAUAAUACUGCACUGGUGUCAAAAUUAACAUGAUUUGAACCAUUUUCAUCUUAAUAUCCCCAAGGCUGCACUAAUUUUCCAUCUCUGGAAACUUGGGUUCAUAAUCUGGCUUCAUUAACAAAUGACAAAUUUAGACUCAUCCUAGUUUCAGGUGGAUGUUUUUCCACUUCACAUAGUGUUUUCUGCUCUGUAGAGGCCCAGGACUUGGAGUAGCAGGGAAGUUGGAGAUUGGGUUUGUGAGACAGCAGCAGGGAAGUGUGAGACAGCUCUCACGGUACCCGCUGCACUGUAUUUGUGCCUCGAAUCAGUUCAGUGCUUUAUCUUGUGGACUCAUUUUUUUGAGUACCAAAUUCAGACAUUUAUAAAGAAAAUGGUAAUUGAUAGAAUUAUCUAUAUAUCCCCUAAGUAAAUCUGUGAUAUUAUUGACAGAUGCCUAACAAGAUUGAGAUUUUUAGCUAUGUUAGCUAAAUUUUGAAGUGUCUUAUACUUAACAGAUGUUGCAGCGGAGGUGUUUAAUGAGCUGAGCAACACACUGAGUAAAUUUAAUCAUUGCAGUUUAUUUUUCUUUAUACUCUAAAUCUUCUUUAAAGGAUACCUCAUCUUUUUUAAUAUUUAGAAUUAUAGGUGAAAAGGACUUAAAUUCAGUGAUGUAGGUGGAAUUACUUUUAUGUUCAUCAUAAAUGUGUACAUCAUAUGAAUGUUUAAACAGCUGCUAACCAGUGCUGUAAAUGAGCCAGCUUCAGGAGAGGGUGUAAGGAAAAGUGAGCAUAUCAGUUUUGAAAACAUCUGCGUUGGUGGAUAGAAGAAAGAGGGUGUGUUUUCCUUCACUGCAUGGGUUUGAGAUAAACAUGGUGCAAAGUGUAAAUCUGUUGGUAGAAAGGACUAACUUGAGAGAGGGGGUUGGGGGAAGUUCUUUUUAGCAGCACUUCUAGUAUGGGCUGCCAGUUCUCAGUGUGAUCUUUAAGUCUGGUAGUGAGGGGGAGGUCAGAUUUGUUUCUCUUUUAUACUUGAUCUGUUUUGCCUCAUCUCUUCCUCAUCCAUAUAUGGAGACAGCCACAGAGCUUUUUUUAGUCUGCCUGGCACUGGAUUGUAAUGGAUUCAGCUUCUGAAGUAACCCAGCCUGUUUUGUACAAGCAUAGCUGGGUGUUUUGAGAACCCCUCACCAAGUGGAUAUCCAGUUUGAAAGUAUCCCACAGCAAUUCCUGGGUCACCUGCUUUGGAGGAGGGACAGCACUUCUCUGCUUCCUGCCAAGGACCAGAUGCUUGGAUACAUGGGCGUUAUUUAAUACUGACACUUUUGUAUUACACUUUUCUGAGUUGUCUUAGUAAUGGCUGGAGCCUGCUAGCUGUUUGUAUAUUGUAUUAUACUGUACCUUGCUUUAGUCAUUAAUAUUAAAUUGGUGUUGAAAGCCCUUCUGAAGUGAUGGGAUUUCUUAGUGUAAUUUCAUUAAGCCUAAACUCAGAUGGUAACUUUUUCAUUUUUUUAGCUCCCUUUUAUUUCUGUACUUUGUUUUUGUUUUCUCUGUUGUGUUUUGAGACAAGUGCAAUAAACUAGGUUGGUUUUUUUUCAAA